CAAAAUGUCAACCGCUUUUCAAUCUGUUUUUGACGAAGCAACAUUAAAUUUCGACUAUACCCAGAACGAUUACCCACCGGCUGGCUCAGCAGAGGGGCAGUUUGAUUACAACGUCCACCCUGUUUCCUUCCUCUACCCGACCUCCAUGGACGACUCCCCAGCUUUCUCUAAUAUGUCGUCCGCAAGUACUCCCUCUGGACUCACCACAGCCAUUCCCCACCACGAUGUAUCUCUAACGCCAGAGUCUACGAUAUCUCCCAAAUCUUACAACAGCCCUGUGGGAGUCUCUCCCGAUUCGUCAGUCGACUGCCAAUCCAAUGAAAGAUCGCCCUAUAUUCAAUCUGGGUUCAAGGGCUACAACCAGAUCAACGAACAGAUCUACCCACAAAUGUUUAACCAACCACCACAACAGGUUUUACCUCCGUUAAAUCUGAACGGCUCAGAUAUGGUUCCAGCUAUCCACUACCCGAGAUUAUCUGACAUGCCUACCUUUGCUCCAUUCCCUGAGCAAUCUCUCCCCCACGCUGAAGCUAGUUACCAACAGACGCCAGUGUCAUCUGUCGUUUCUGCGUCUCCGCCAAAAUAUAGGUCCAAAAAAAGUGCAGGCCCGUUCCCGUGCAAGUGGAUAGAUUGUAAGCUUCUAUUCGCAGACGGAUCUGAUCUCUACAACCACCUCUGUGACGAUCACAUUGGACGCAAGUCCCUGCAAAACUUGUCACUUGUGUGCCACUGGGGCACAUGCCAGGUUUCCACAGUCAAGAGAGACCAUAUCACUAGCCACUUGCGGGUUCAUGUGCCCUGGAAGCCGUACGCCUGUGAUCUCUGCGACAAGGGGUUCAAGAGACCCCAGGACUUGAAAAAGCAUGCAAAAGUCCACGAUGAAGAGAACGACGAGAAUAGCGCUGAGCCAGAAGCCGGGUUUUCAAACGUUCCGAUGGCGUCCCGCAAGCGUGAUGUGGAACAAAUUGCUGGUUUCUACCAUAGCUUGAAGAAGAUGAAGGUGGAGCCGACGUACGGUGAAACCAUAUUCCAUGAAUUGAACAACUUCAAUGUCUCAUUCAUGAACUCUGCUGUUCCAACAGACGUUCCAGUGAACAAGCAACAGUCACUUGAGUCAACCUACCUUCCAGCAUACACUGGCGUGUCGUACAUGGAUCAACCAUUCACCCGCCAAGUGAACCCUGAGGAGUUGUUGGAGGUGGAUAUGUUUUUCCAAAGCUUGAAUAGCUCGUUGGAUGCGUUUUCCCAGAACCCCCAGCAGCUUCCACUUUUCGCAGGAAACGUCAUUCCUCCGACGUCCCCGGUGUACCCUACAUUCCAAGCGAAUCUUGCGGAGCAAAAGCUCCAACACCAGCCGAACUAUGGUCCUAUGGCAAUGGUUAAUGACCAGAUGCCUUUCGAGUCUACCGCUUACCCGACAUGCCAUACGUACCCACAGGUUGCCAACCAGCGUUUCGGCCAAGACCCAACAAAGAGAUUUGUUGUGGGUGUUAAUCAACAGGCAUCGAGUAGUUCUCCGGAUGAUGGUGCAAAAGAGCGGGACGAUGACAAUGACUUGUUGUCUGGUAUGAAUUCGUUAUCCCUCGGCUCAAAGGCGAUGAGCGAAGUUGAUGUGAUCAAGCAUAAGGCAUUGAUUGCGAAGAUUCGUGGUGACAUUGCUUGGGCCAUUAAGAAUAUGAAGGAUGCGGGUAGUACCAAAUCUGUGUCUGAGAGUGAGACGGAAGCUGCGAAUGAGGUGGAGAUUCCAAAGGAGUUAUAUCCUUCCCUUGUUGCUUGUAAUGAUUAACUGGAUGCUCGUGUGUAUUUAUUUUAUAUUUCAUUGACUAUGGUGUGUCUUCUGAAUGAUGAUUGUCUCGUAUUGUGUCUAGAUCCUAGUGUUUCUCGGAGCGAAUCCUUGCUGUUCCUUUUGGGUAUGGAAGUUUCCCGUUCAAAAUGUAUGAACUUGAGCC